CUCAAAAGAGCUUCCCCUACUCCAGAAGUACCACUUAGGUAUAUUCCAAAGUAAUGUUUGCUGUGGAGUUAAAAUGUAAACCAGGCCUCUCUAAAACUUGUGGACUUUGUUUUGGGGAACUUAUUGUGUCUUUGGUUCUGCAUCGAUUUGGCUGCAUUCUCACAUUGCAUGCACUUUUCCUAGGCAGAACAGUGCAGUGGACUUCAGGGAUUUUUGAUUUUCCGAAGCCUUGGAGGAGGUACUGGAUCGGGAUUUACUUCUCUCCUAAUGGAGCAGCUCUCUGUAGAGUAUGGCAGGAAGACUAAACUGGAGUUCUCUGUCUACCCAGCCCCUAGAAUCUCCACUGCUGUAGUGGAGCCUUACAACUCCAUCCUCACCACCCAUUCUACCAUGGAGCACUCAGACUGUACCUUCAUGGUGGAUAACGAGGCCAUCUAUGACAUCUGCCAUCAUAAACUUGGUGUUGAACGCCCCUCCUAUGCAAGCAUCAAUAGGCUGAUAAGCCAAGUGGUAUCUGCCAUUACAGCUUCCCUUCGGUUUGAAGGACCCUUGAAUAUAGACCUUAUUGAAUUCCAGACCAACCUAGUACCCUAUCCAAGAAUACAUUUCCCCAUGACAACCUUUGCCCCCAUCAUCUCUGCUGACAAAGCCUACCACGAGCAUCCGUCAGUGCCCGACAUCACUGCUGCUUGCUUUGAGUUGUCCAACCAGAUGGUCAAGUGUGAUCCUCAGCUUGGGAAGUACAUGGCCUGCUGCUUACUAUACCGAGGAGAUGUGGUCCCUAGAGAUGUGAAUGCAGCGAUUGCAGCCAUGAAGUUGAGGAACUCUGUUCAGUUUGUAGAUUGGUGUCCAACUGGUUUCAAGGUGGGCAUCAAUCAUCAGCCACCUGCAGUGAUGCCCGGAGGGGACCUGGCCAGGGUCCAGCGAGCUGUCUGCAUGUUGAGCAACACCACAGCAAUUGCAGAGGCCUGGGCCCGGCUCGACUACAAGUUUGACCUCAUGUAUGCCAAGAAGGCUUUUCUACACUGGUACAUCACAGAAGGCAUGGAACAAGGGGAGUUCUCAGAAGCCAGGGAAGAUCUGGCAGCUCUGGAAAAGGAUUAUGAGGAGGUGGGGCUGAAUUUCUGAUGUAAAUAGGACUAGUGGAAACAAUGUGAAGUUAAAAUGUCACGCUUUCUGUUCAAGCCAUUAUACACUUAGUGGCUACAGUUCCCCGUACUAGAAGAAAAAUGAAAUCAAGUUAGGCAAGAACCUAAAUUCCACACUAAAUUAAAUGGCUCUUUAUUAAUAAUGCACAUAUAUUUCCUUGUCUACGGUGUAAUUCAUCUCUGCUGACUGGGAGCCUUCUCGGGAGUCUUUUGAACUGGGUCAUGUCUAGGUGUUUUUUUUUUUUUUUUUUUUUUUUUAAAUUUUAGCUUUUAUGUUAGAAUGGAAACUGGGCUUUCUUCUUUGCUUCCUUUAAAACUAAGAGAGUAUUAAACCCUAAAGUUUAUGCUUUUCCUUUUCUGUGACUAAAGCAGAAAAACACUCAUAUUGAUUGUGAAUGUUAUUUCCCCUGUAUCUCUAUUUUGUCUGUUGAUUAAAUAACACAUAUUUUCAGUCUGUUUCUUUUCCUUCCUUCCAACAUGGGCUUUAAAGUUUCCAUUUGCUUUUCAUGCAAACAAACCAGAAUUCUCUUGGGUCUUUAUAAAAUUUGGUUUAGUUAAAAUGCAAAUUCUGAGCUUCACUGGAGAGGGUGUUGAAGGAGAACCCUGGGGCUGGGAGGGGUGUAAUCUAGGUACCCGACAUUAUAAAAAACACUGUGAAAUCAGUUCUUUGGUACUGAACAGUCUCAUUUCAAACAACAAAAAUGUUCCAUAGACGCAAUAGCUAUGAGUGCACUGAAACUGCCAGGGAGAUUUUUGCAAACCAUGAUGUUUAGUCUGACUACUAUUGGAAAUGAAGGUGAAUUAGAUAUUACAAAGGUGCAUCCUUGGGCUUAGGUGCAGUUUUUGGGAGUGAUUGUGGCAGAUCAUCAGGAGCCUCAUCCAUCUGUUCUGUUUAGCUUGCAGUCUUAGCCCUCCAGUUACUCACUCUUGACCUCAACCUGGUAUAUACUUUGGCCCAAGUAGACAUGUAAAGGUAGUAAGUGCUCAAGCCACAGCUACAGGAACACAGUUGUUUUGUGAGACUUCCCAAACCAGAAGGAUGCCACCCUCUUCUUGCUCAUACCAUUUGGACCCAGGAAAUGACCCUCCAUUAUUUGUAAAAGGGACUUUCAUUUUUAGAAGAGUUUUAGGUUCACAACAAAACUGAGUGUACAGUAUGGCCUUCCAUUUGUAACAGUUGCCCGGGAGAUUCUAUCAUGUUCUAAAAUCAUCAUUCUAAGAAAUGGCCCUCAAGAAUGCCACUCUGACAAUAUACCAUAUUGUAUAUUUUCAACUGAAAUCUUUGUUCUCUUGGAGGCCAGUGACCACAGGUGCAAAUGAUAUCUAAGUACCCUUGAAUGCCUGCACAAGUGAGCUGGAUUUUUGAUCAGUUCUCAGAUUUCUAAGUACUGGCUGGAUCCUUCUGAGACUCUACUUCUAAGCCCUUCUUCCAAGGGCUUUUUUAGAUCUGACAUUAAGUCAACCUCAUGCCAGAGUUCCAUUUGGAAUGUAGGCCCUGUUAAUUUUGAGAUGUGCUAGGAUUUCAGGUAUGUAGCAGGGAAAGGAUCAUAACUCUUAUUCUCAUAUCUCUAAUUUGCAGUGAUCAAAUAUUUGGAAGAAUACUAAAAUUUUUUUCCUUUAAACCAAAGAAGCAAUUUGGUAAUUUUUAUCAACGUUUAACACAGAUCAAUAGUGGACUGUCUGAAGUGUGGAAGAAAACCUUCUUCAAUUGCAAAAACGUAUUGUAGUGUUUGUCUUACUGGGUUGGGGGGAUCCACUUUUCAAUUUACCUAUGUCUCUUAUGCUUGCACUUAAAAUAUUAUUUCUCUUAGUAGUAAGUAAAGCUGUUUGAUGACUUAAAUAAAUACUUGUGAGUUUUAAGA